AUGCCGUCGCCCUGCAACAACCAUGUCGUGGAACGUGGCUCGAGUCGGACGACGUCUGCAAUCUCAAUGGUUCACGCUCAGAACCCUCCCUCAAACAUUGACCCUCGAGGGACCUCACGGGAGGGUGAGCGAAAGCCAUCGCGUUGCCGAUUCAUCACACUCUUGUCCAUCUUCAUUCACCCGCUGUGCUGUCACUUCCCCCAUCUCCUGCCCAAAUGCACGUCAUCUCACUCUCUCCUGAACAAGAAGCAUAUCUCACCUUCGCUUGCCAUGUCAUACCUUUGCGAGGACUCCCCUCCUGCCCAAGGGCAAAAUUGUUCUUCCUACACAACGCGCUUCCGGUCCCUCGACACCAUGUCGAUCGACGAAGUCAAGAACAAAUAUGGAUUCACAACAGUACGCAUUGCAACGUGGAGAAAUCCUGCCGAGAGCACGCAUUGGGCGAGAGGAGGGCCCAAAACGCCGACGAUUUCUGCUGAAGCAGCCGCGAAACCUUACAUUCCGAAAUUCAAGGUCAAGUACAAGGUGCCGGAGCCGACAGAUGAUGAGGAGUCAGAUGAAGAAGAGGAGGUCAAGAAAGAUGAAUCGGGCGCCUCAACGCCGGAGUCCGAAGAUCCUGUCAAAGAAGGGGGGAAAGAGGAGAGCUCUCCAGUGGAUGAACCACCACCUCCUGUGAAUGAUGAAGGGGGAAUUUCACCUGUGGAGCAGCCAGCCAGUGAACCUGUUCCACCAGAAAGUCCCAAAGACGACUCUUCGCCUGUGGAGCAACAACCCAGUGAAUCUGUUCCACAAGGAAGUCCCAACGACGACUCUUCGUCUGAUCAGCCAGCCGACGUCCAGCCAGAUGUUACUCAACCAGAUGUCGUCCAGUCAGAUGUUACUCAACCAGAUGUCGUCCAGUCAGAUGUUACUCAACCAGAUUUCGUCCAGUCAGAUGUCGUCCAGCCAGAUGAAUCAGGCCCAUCACCAGAGUUAGCGGCCGAAAUCGAGCCUGCGAAUUCAGCUCCCAAUGAGGACAUGGGCGCCGGAUCAUCAAGCGAGUGCAAAGACGAAAGCGAAAGCCCAUUGCCGCCAGAUGAGCCUUGUAAUGAGCCUGCUCAAGAGACAGCCGAUAUCCCCGUUGAGAGUGACAAACCUCCUGGGGGCAACGAAGGGCUGCCGAACGAUGGAGAUUCAAGUGUCGAGAGUGAAAACCCUCUAGGGGACAACGAACAGCCGUCAAACACUGGAGAUUCAAAUGUCGACAAUGAUGGGGCUAGCGAGGUACAGCCUGACGAGUCAGUAAUAGACGUACCACCUGAGGCUCCAGACCCACCCACGCUUUCGGAAGACAUCGCAGAGCCAAUCGUCAUUGGCGCCUUUCCCAAUGAUGAUCAAGAUGAGAAAAAGACGGUACAAUUUGCGCCUGGAACGCCCGAACCCAAGCCAACACAGCGAAAGAAGAAAGCGGCCAAGGGCGCAAAGGGCAAGAAGAAGAAACAAAUAAUACCUGUCUCUGAUGAAGGAAAUUCGGACGACAUUGUGGCUAUUGUCGAAGGACCGAUAGACGAGCCUCAAGUCGCGCCGGAGUCCGAGCAAACUCCUGAGCAGACAAUCUGUGAGCCGGUCCAAGAAGAGGUCGACAGCGGACCGGUCGUUGAGCCUCCUGAAACGUCCACCGAGACGCUCGAUACCAAGCAGGAGUCCAGUGAGCAAGCCUCUCCAGAGCCAGAGACUAUUCAGGCUGCAGUCGACGGCACAUCGGAUGACAGCAACAAGUCAGAGUCAGAAACAGCCCAUGUCGAUGUGGUCGAAGAGGCACCGCCACCAGCGCCAAAGGAGGAGCCAAUACCGGUCGAGAAAUCCACGAAGAAGUCAUGGAAGAAGGAAUCGAAGAAGUCAUCGAAAAGCAAGGCUAAAGAACGCGAGCCUGAGAAAAAAAGCAAAAAGUCAUCGAGGAGCAAGUCAUCGAAAUCUGCUGAGCCGCCUGUUGGCUUGGGUAUUGUGGUUGAGGAUAUCCCGCCUCCGAUUGAGCCUGCUGUUGUCGAUGACAAAGCUGAGGAUACUGUGGUUAUGGAGCCUCCAGUGCAUGUUCACCUCUGCGCGGUGGCGAUGGGAUUGCACGUGACUCACGCAGACUACAUCGUCUUGCCGCAUCGGAGUGGAUCCCGUACCAAAUUCCGCAACCCUGGGUUUCGCGAUGUAUGUGAUAUCUUGGUCGCUAACUUGUUGCUCUCAGAUACCAAAAAUGACCCAGUGGAAUCGGAAGCACUUACUAAAGUGGUGCAAGAGCCUUCAGAUGAGCCUCAGUCAACAGAUCCUUCUGGCUCGGAUGUGCCCUGUUCGGAGGGCAAUACUUCGGCAGAGCCCCUGAAUUCGGACGAUAACAAGGAUAAUGAAGUUCCUGCAGCUGACGUUGUUUCUGGGAGUGAUCUUUCGCAUGAUCAGUCGCAAGAGAUGCAAGAGACUGGUCCUGACAAUGAGAAUGAGAUGGAGUCAGCCGAGGUCAAAGUGUUGGACGAUUCCAAGUCUGAAAAUGCCUCGGGACAAGACGAGGUAGAGGAUGUGCCAAGUCCGCUCGAUAGCGCUAUCGAUCUCAACGAGAGUAAGGAGGUUGGAAAGUUAGACGAGCAGCCGGUCGAAGAUGAGAUUGAGGACGACCUCGUGGUCGUAGUGGAGGAAGAAGGUAGCGUUGUCGAUGAUGUGAUUGUGAUCGAAGAGGGCUCGGAGAGCGGAAACGAUGAUGUGGCAGAUGACAAGUCUGAGAAGGAUUGUGGUGUCGAAAAAAGUGCCGCUAGUCAGGAUGAGCCCGAAAAUGAGCAAGCAAGCGUGGCAGACGUUGCAAGGGAAGAGGGACUAUCGAAAGAUGAGACCCACGAAUGUCAACCCGACUCAAUUCCGGAGGCGGACCAGGGAGGAGCGGAAUCGGCAAUUGACGACAAGCUUGAGGAGGCUGGCUCAUUGUCUGAUGCAGAGAAGUCAAUCGACGCGGAGCUUGGCAGUGCUGAGACUGAAGCUGCGAGCAUUGUUGCAGAGGCUGCUAUUGAGUCUGCACCAAGUGCGUCGGGCCAGAUCGCUAAAGAAGACGAGACGAUGGAUUCGCCACACGAAGAUUUAGCAGCGAUAGAGCUUGACGGGAAAGUUGAAGAGAGUGAGGGACCAACGGGAGAGACCUUAGAAUCAGUGGCUAUUGAAGCCAAUGAAAAGACUGACGAGGCGGUUGAUGAUGCUCAAGACGAAUCGACCAAGUCAGAAGGCCAUACGGAGGCAGAAGGAAGCGAUGAUUCCCAGACUGAUGGGCCAUGUGAAGAUGCUGUUCCAGAGUGCAACAAGGAGGCUCAUAGCGAAGCAGGAGAUGAUAGCAAGGACGAAGAAUGGAAGUCUGAACCUGGUCCUGUGGGUAGCACAGCAGAAGCUGACGCAUCAGAUCAAUCCGAGAACAGCGCUGAGGAAAACAAGCCCGCAGAGGACGAGCAAAUUUCUACGCAGUCAGAGAAGGAUGAGAGCCCACCCGAACCAACCCAAAAUAUCGUUGAAGUUGAGCCUUCUGUUGAUAAGCCAGUGCCAGAGCCAACCAAAGAGGUGGAGGCUGCUACGGAGUCACCCUUGGAAGGGGAAAUGGUUGAACAUGAGGCUAGUCAAGAACCUGCUCAAGAGGUCGUUGCGGAGACAGCUACAGAAGAGCACAAGGGUGGAGCUCAGGCUCCCAAUGAGCCCGUUGCAGAAUCUGUUGAUGAGGCGCUCGUCGAACCUGCAUCCGAACCUGUCAUUGAAGAGCCAGCAGUUGAGGAGAAAGCAGUUGAGGAGCCAGCAGUCGAGAAAUCAGCUAGCGAGCCCACAAGUCAGCCCACAAGUGAGCCAGCAAUCGAAGAACCAGCAGUAGAGGAGCCGCCAGUCGAAGAGCCACCAAUCGAGGAGCCAGUAGUUGAGGAGCCAGUAGUCGAGGAGACAGCAGUCGAGCAGCCAGCAGUCGAGCAGCCAGCAGGUGAGCCCGCAAGUGAGCCCGCAAAUGAGCCAACAGACAAGGCACCAAUUGAACCUCGGCCUGAAAGUGACAAGAAAGAGGAUGCGAUCAAGGUAGAUGCCGUGCCAGAAACACCUCCUUCUCCCACCUUCAGCCGUAGCAGCAAAGACAAGCACAAGGCAGACCACUGGGAGCGACGACACAAAGAGCACACUCGCGACAAGAAGAAUUCCGAAAAGUCGCGCUCAAGCAAGCACAGCAGUAGCCGACGCAGCCGAUCCGACAAGCCACGAACGCCGGAGCAGGAAGAAGAGAGACGCCGAAGACGAGCUGUCCGCAGGGAACAAGAAAUCGCUCGAAUCUACGAAGAAGAGCGGCUCCGCGCUGAGGAGGAAGAGCUCCGACGCCUCCGGCACGAAGCACGACGAGCCGCCAGAAAAGCAGCCGCAGAAGAAGCAGCAAGACUAGCACGAGAAGAAGCCGAAGCGAUCGCAAGGCAAGACGCCGAACGUCGACGACGACGACAUCGCGAUCCCAAACCAUCCCCAUCAUCUCCUUCCCCCAAACCCGGAUUUUCCUUCUUCCGUACGAAUUCCGAUGCUCCAAUCCGGCAGAGCAAUUACACAUCUUCGAAGCCAUCUUCAUCUUCUCGAUCGAGUGCGCCACCGCCGCCCCCGCUAGCAAAAGAGAGGAUUUUGGAAGAUCCGCCUCCGAGUGAGGAGGUUAAAGACGCGCCGCCAGCUUCUCAAGAUACCUCUUCCCACCACCACCGAAGACAUCAUCAUCAUCAUCAUUAUCGCUCGUCGCGUGGUGAAGGCCAAGGCCAAGGCGAACGUCGAAGGCAUGAGAGCAGAGGCGAGCACGAGCAGAAGAAGAGCGUCUGUCUGCAUUGCAUUUAG